UCUGGCCGUGGGGGUGUUCAAAUGUCAAUGCAAGUGUAUUUUUUAAAAUUAUGUCAAAUACAAAUUACAUUUUUACAAACAAGUAACUAAUAAUAUCGGAAAAAUAAGAAUUAUAAAUACGUAUAGCAGCACAAUAUGCAUUCUCUCGCUAUAUAUAGAACAUAAUGCUAAAUGGACCAUUCGGUGUUUUUGACGGAAUUGCAUAUUUCUGCCUGCCUGCCUGAAAAGAUCGCAUGCAGAAAACUUUUAGGUUGUUCAAAAGUUUCUCCAUGAACAACCUAAAUAAUCCUCCAAGAUGGAAUAUUAGACCAGAUCCAGGGCCAGAUGACGGUGGGAGAUGGAAUUAUGCCCUGCUGGUGCCCAUGAUCGGGCUGGCAGCAUUUCGUUGGAUAUGGACUCGAGAAUCAAAAAGACAGAUCCAAGAUGUGAAAACCAGGUACGAUAGCGACAUGGCUGCCAUCACCAGACACCUUGAGCUGAAGUACAGAGACAAACUGAAGGAAAACCAUCGGACUGCAGCGCACCUGGAGGUAGAGCUCGAGAAGGAACGUCAACGCGUACAGGGCUACAGAAAGUCACUGAUCUCUCAGAGCCAACAGGUCAUGCAGGAAAGAAAGCAGCUUCAACAGGAACGACAACACCUGGAGCAGGAAAAGAACCGCCUGCUGGAGUCAGGUGCGGCCAGGGCAGCGCUGUGGGAAGCCCUGCAGCGAGAGGAGGAAUGGCAGCGCAGGGCUCAGGCUCUGCUGAUGGGACUGGAAGUGCAGCUAGUGAAGAGGCAGGAAGCUUUCUGCAGCAUCCUGUUGCCACGGGAACAUCGUCUGGAGAUGGAGAAGAACCUGCUGCUGAAAGUGGUUAAAGACCCUGUGGGUGCUGAGCUGAACCUUGAAGAUGAUCUCAGGGACAUUUUUAAGAACGACAGACACUGUGCAGAUUUGUUAAACAUGGAUAAGCGUAAGAAUGGGAAUUUGAUGUGGCUGUAUCUCAGGUACUGGCAACUGCAGGUCACCCUGCAGAAAUACAGGAGAGCGGAGGAGACGAUUAAAGGAGCCCCACCAAACUUCAGCAAACCUUGGUGAUAAAAAACAGGUGAUAAACAGAUCUCUAAAACAUCUAGGUCUUGUAGUCUGGUAUGUUUUUGCACUGAUCUCUCUCUUACCAUGUUGUGUUCAUCAACUAUUUAUGAUGCCAAACACCAGGCCUGUUGAGUCUUUGACCAUUCUUUUACAUUCUGAGCACUUCUGUUUUGUCUAACAAAAAGUUUAUCUUUUUAUUUGCCAUUUAUUUGUUUGGAUCGAGGCGGGUCAUGGGGCUAAAGCACAUUUUGAGUUUAAGCUUUAACACUAUAAAUAAGGCUACUGUAAUAAAGCUCAAUAAAACGGGAAGGAGGCGGGAACCGGCGAACAUUUAAACAUUUUAAUCAAAAAUAAAUAAAGAAUAAAAGCAUUAAAACAGGCCGGCAGCCCGUCACAGACGAUUGCCGGCCACAUGAACAUAAACAAAACUUAACUAAUGUCCGGGCCCGGUCCUCUCUCGCCGUAUGCUCCUGCCGCUUGGCCUUUUAUGCUUCCGAUCUCCUCUGUGGGAGAUACAAGGCCAGUGGCGCCCAGCUGACGCUCAUUAUCAAUCGCAUCACUGGCCUCGCUUGCUCCUCCCACGGCUCUCGUCACGCCUCCCUCGUCACAACUACUCAUUGUAAUGUUUUACAGUUGCUAAAUUAAAGAUGAAUUGAAAUGAAUAGGAUUUAUUCAUUAUUAGUCUCAUUGUUAAGAUGGUUCUUAACUAUUAUAUCCUUUGUGUUAUUGUAUAAAUAAGAAUAUACUGUUGCUGAGAUGUGCAAUAAAUGCCUUUCUGA